AUGCUCAUAGUUGCCGCUGUUUUGUUAAUUCUACAUUUUGUAAAAAAUUCAAAUGCGACAAAUGGAUUUCCAUUUCCAAUAGGCAUAUAUACAUAUAAUGUGAUAAAUAAAUAUGAUCACAUUCAUGAUCCAUCAGACGGGAAUUUAGUAAGCAUAGAUCCAAGUAUAAUUCGAAAGGAUGCAAAUAAAUAUCCCUUUACUCAAGGAUUAUUAUUUUUAGAUAAUGAUACAUUAAUUGAAUCCUCAGGAUUAUAUGGUUAUAGUUAUUUAAGAAAAUUUAAUUUAUCUACAAGUAAGACAGAACAACAUUACAAUUUAAAGAGUAAUUAUUUUGCAGAAGGAAUUACAGUAUUAGUUGAACCAUCCACUUACAAAAAAUAUAUUUUAAUGUUAAUGUAUAAAGAAAAAAGAGUAUUUGUUUUUGAUUUUUAUUCAUUCAUAUUAGAGCAUAUGUUUGAAUAUGAUUUAGAUGGCUACGGUUUAACGUCUAACUUAAAUGUAGUCUAUUCAGAAGAGACACUAAAAAAAAAUAAUUUUGCAUCUCGUCAAAAAUUGUGGGCAACAUCGGGGGAUGAUUUUCUUUAUGAGCUUGAAAUUCCCCAUGAAUUUUUAAAAGAAAAGAAAUUAUCUAUAGCCAAAAAAACAAAAAUCACUUGUGCAGGUUUUUCGAUCGAACGUGUUAAUGAAUUAGAGUAUCAUUUCGAAACUGAUUCUAUUUAUGGAAAUAUAUUUUUAACGGAAUUAAUAAUUGAGUUAGAUAUCACUAGUGGAUCCUGCCUUAAAAUAAUCAGUCUUCGUGGACUAGUUGAACAAUGCGAUAACUAUGAUGCAAAGAAAAAAAACAUAGAGGCCGUGCCAAACGGUGUAGCAAUUAACCCCAGAAAUAGAAAAGAGCAGUUACCAAACUUAUUAGUAACGGGAAAACUUUGGUCCAACAUAUUUGAAAUAAAACUUGAAAAGAAUGAAAAAUUAAGUGCCGGAGUAAUUUUGAGUGAAUAUUUCAAAUUAAUAGGAGAAAAUCUCUAA